AUGUGGAUUGUACGCCCUGAGAAGGUUGGAGGUCGACGUUCCGUUGGUUUGAUUCACUUAGAAUGCUUUGUUCGUGCUUGUCAUUUACUCCCGGUCUUUGGUAACACAAGAAUACCCCACUCAUUUCAACAUUCCGACUCCCUUUCUGCUUUCAAAGCCUUCUACCUUAACCAAUUUAUUGAUUAUCACUCUCAUGAAUGUAUUCCAUCUACGUAA